AUGCUCCUGCUGCAAUCGUCGCAGACCUUGCGAUCUGGCUGGUCGUGUUACAACCACCUGGCUAGCCUCGGCGGCCAUACAGAAGCCAUUUCGGUAGCACCUGAUGGUGGGGUGGCCUGGAAGCAUGUUCCGAAUAGGCCUGCCUUUAAGACAACACGUUGCGGAGCGACUGUUUCGAUCGUCUUAGCAGCUGAGGCGAUGUUAUCACGUCCAGCCAGACAUGGCGAAACUGGCACCACAAGGCUGUCUUAG